GCACGCAUUGGUUUUCCAGCUCCCACUGCUCCAAUCCUAAUACCUUAGCUUCUUUACUUCAAUAUCCGAGCCUCCACUUCCAAAGCCCAUUUGGGAAAGAGGGAAAAAAUUUGAUUUUUCCUUUUACUAAAGAGACUGUGGCAGGGAUCCUGUUUGGUUCCUUUGGUCUUCUCAGACAACAAAAAUUUAGAAAUUUAAUAGUUCAGUAAGGGAAUGAAAGGACCCCUCUCUUUGUUUUCCAUCAAAUCUCUGCUUUCCUAUUUGCCUCUGUGAAGAAUCCGGGGAAUAGUGUUGGAAAGAGGAUUGGGCUUGUUUCUCUUUUUUGUACUCAUCUUCUUUUUGGUAAAACUUAGAAAAAGAUCCAAUUUUUACUGCUUUCCUCCCUUCAUUCAUUCCAACUGAGGCCCUAAAUUCGUGGAGAGCUAUAGGAGGGGAAGGGGAAACCAUUGCUUUGCUGUAUGAGGGUGUUCUGAAACAAUGAGAGAUGAGAAUUCAAAGAAAAGCAAGCUCUCAUGGUCCAAGUCUCUGGUUAGGAAAUGGUUCAACAUCAAGAGCAAAUCUCAGGACUUUCAUGCAGAUGAUAUCGUCAGCCGAGGAGGUGAAGAUGAAUGGAGGAGCAGCUUCUCGGAGAGGGAGACAUACACAGUCAAGAAAAGCAAAACAGAGAGAUUGUGUAAGAGGAAUCCUGAUCAAGCUCGGCGAGGAAAGAUUGACCUCGAUGCAGCUGAAGUCACAGAGACUCUGGACUACAGGAUAUUGGUCGCAACUUGGAAUGUAGGUGGGAAGUCCCCACCAAAUUGUUUGAAUCUUGAGGAUUGGCUCCAUGCCUCACCUCCUGCAGAUAUAUAUGUUUUGGGAUUUCAGGAAAUUGUACCUCUGAAUGCGGGGAAUGUUCUCGGUACAGAAGACAAUGGCCCUGCAAAGAAAUGGGUGGCUCUCAUCCGAAGGACACUGAACAAUCUUCCUGGUAGCAGUAGCAGCAAUGGCAGCUACCAGACCCCCUCUCCUAUUCCGAACCCGGUUGUGGAGCUCGAUGAUGAUUUUGAAGGCUCAUCAUCAAGGCAAAGGAAUUCAUCUUUCUUCCACCGCCGCUCAUUCCAAUCCCUGAGUCGUAGUAUGAGAGUUGAUGGAGAUAUCAUGGCCCCACAACCAAGGCUGGAGCGCCGCUACAGUGUCUGUGAUCGGGUUAUGUUUGGUAGCAGGCCAAGUGAUUUUGAUCCUAAUUUCAGAUGGAAUGGGUCUGAUGAUGAUGAGAACGUUGGGGGGGAAUCACCCAGUACUGUCUUCUUCUCACCAAAAUCUUAUGGUUAUGGUGCAACCUCAUCAGUGGAGGAGAGAGACAGACCAGGAGGACAGUCUAGAUAUUGUCUAGUUGCAAGCAAGCAGAUGGUAGGGAUAUUUCUCACGAUCUGGGUGCGGAGCGAAAUAAGAGAUGACAUAAGGAACUUGAAAGUCUCUUGCGUUGGAAGAGGAUUGAUGGGUUAUCUUGGAAACAAGGGUUCAAUUUCGAUUAGCAUGUCUUUGCACCAAACAAGCUUCUGCUUCAUCUGCUGCCAUUUGACCUCAGGGCAGAAGGAGGGGGAUGAGCUACGGAGGAAUUCUGAUGUCAUGGAGAUCCUGAGAAAGACGAGGUUCCCACGAGUCCAUGGGCUAGGCGAUGAGAGGUCACCUGAAACUAUCCUUGCACAUGACCGAAUUAUAUGGCUUGGAGAUUUGAAUUACCGAAUUGCUCUUUCAUAUCGCUCUGCAAAGGCUCUUGUUGAAAUGCGCAACUGGAAAGCAUUGCUGGAAAAAGAUCAGCUUCGGAUAGAGCAAAGAUGUGGCCGAGUCUUUGAGGGAUGGAAGGAAGGAAGAAUAUACUUCCCUCCCACAUAUAAAUAUUCAAACAACUCAGAUCGGUAUGCUGGAGAUGACACAAAUCCAAAAGAAAAACGCCGAACACCUGCAUGGUGUGAUCGUAUUCUAUGGUAUGGUAGAGGCCUCAACCAACUGUCUUAUGUCCGUGGAGAGUCCAAGUUUUCAGACCAUAGGCCAGUCUAUAGUAUUUUUAUGGCAGAGGUCGAGUCCAUCAACCCGAGCCGAAUUCAGAAUCUGAGUUGUUCUAGCUCUGGAGUAGACAUUGAGGAACUUCUGCCAUACUCACAUGGCUAUACAGAACUCAGUUUCUUCUGAAAGGUGCAAUGGAACAAAGUUUAUAUCAAGAUGAAGUGCUGUACUCCUUUUGAUCAAAGAAAGGAUUUUCUGUAUCUGCUGGAUUUAGCUGAAGAGCAGCAACCUCUCCAAGGAGUCAGAAUAUACAAAUUGCUCGGUAAGACAGUCUUGCUUGCAGAGACCAUAGGAAGAAGAGGCCAUCCUUCAAUCAACAAUCUAAAGGCAGCUUCUGUUUCCUUCCCUU